AUGUCUAUUAUCAUAAUAGUUCGUGCUUUACGUAAUAAAAGUGAUAAAAAUAUUGAUUUUAGACAAGGUCUGGUCAUCGAUCCCAAAACUGGGAAUGUAAUAGAGAGUUGCGAUAAGAAGAAGGUUUAUUUGCGAAAAAGUCUUCCCAAAUAUGUUUUUGGAGAAGGGAUUGCCCUUGUAAAUGAUCAGCUAAUCGCACUGACUUGGAGAGAGCAUAUUGGAAUUCGAUAUGAAUUGAAGGAGAAUAAGUUGCGUCAAAUAGCAUCAUUUUCGUUUGAGACAAGUCGUAAAGAAGGAUGGGGUGCUGCUUCUGGUUUGCUGGGUAAUAAGGAAGUAAUCGUUGUUUCGGAUGGUUCGUGCAAUUUACACAUUUGGGAUACCAUGACUCUCAAACAAUUACAACGAAAAUGUAUUGUGGACGAAAAUGGUGAAGAAGUUACAAAUCUGAAUGAAUUGGAGAUCAUUGAUAACAAAAUAUUCGCCAAUGUUUGGCUGAGUAACCAGAUUGCGAUAAUCGAUUGGGAAGAAGGAAGAGUGAUCGAAUGGAUUGAUUUAUCCGAUUUGGUUGGUUGGGUGAAGCUUCCAAGUUCGAAAAGUGAUCGAAUGGACGCAGUAUUGAAUGGAAUUGCAUUCGAUCCAUCUAAUAAUGACAUUUUGAUAACGGGGAAGCUGUGGAAUCGAUUAUUCAAAAUCCAUCUAUUGUUUCUUCUUUCUUUCAUCAAACAUUCAAAUCAAUUUCAAUAA